CCCUCUUAGCCCUAGCCUGCUCCUUUCUGUAGCCUAGUUGGCCCGGGUGCCCUUGGUCUUCUCCAGCUCCCCAGCUGCUGCAGUUCCCGGCGACAUGGUGACGAUGGAGGAACUGCGGGAGAUGGACUGCAGCGUGCUCAAAAGGCUGAUGAACCGAGAUGAGAACGGCGGCGGCGCAGGCGGCAGCGGCAACCACGGCGCCCUGGGGCUGCUGAGCAGCGGCAAGUGCCUGCUGCUGGAUUGCAGACCGUUCCUGGCUCACAGCGCAGGCUACAUCCGAGGCUCGGUUAACGUGCGCUGCAACACCAUCGUAAGGCGGAGGGCCAAGGGCUCAGUGAGCCUGGAGCAGAUUCUGCCCGCCGAGGAAGAAGUGCGCGCCCGCCUGCGCUCUGGUCUCUACUCGGCCGUUAUAGUCUACGACGAGCGCAGCCCGCGCGCCGAGAGCCUUCGCGAGGACAGCACCGUGUCGCUGGUCGUGCAAGCGCUGCGCCGUAACGCCGAGCGCACAGACAUCUGUCUGCUUAAAGGUGGCUACGAGAGGUUUUCUUCUGAGUACCCAGAAUUCUGCUCUAAAACCAAGACCCUGGCAGCCAUCCCACCACCUGUGCCCCCCAGUGCCACGGAGUCCUUGGACCUGGGCUGCAGCUCUUGUGGGACCCCACUGCACGACCAGGGUGGUCCUGUGGAGAUCCUCCCUUUCCUCUACCUCGGCAGUGCCUACCAUGCUGCCCGAAGGGACAUGCUUGAUGCCCUGGGGAUCACAGCCUUGCUCAAUGUGUCCUCAGACUGCCCCAACCACUUUGAAGGACAUUAUCAGUACAAGUGCAUCCCGGUAGAAGAUAACCACAAGGCCGACAUCAGCUCCUGGUUCAUGGAAGCCAUCGAGUAUAUCGAUGCAGUGAAGGACUGCCGAGGCCGAGUGCUGGUUCACUGCCAGGCGGGCAUCUCCAGAUCAGCCACCAUCUGCCUGGCCUACCUGAUGAUGAAGAAGCGCGUGCGGCUGGAGGAGGCUUUCGAGUUCGUCAAGCAGCGCAGGAGCAUCAUCUCGCCCAACUUCAGCUUCAUGGGGCAGCUGCUGCAGUUCGAGUCUCAGGUGCUCACCACAUCCUGCGCCGCCGAGGCUGCUAGCCCUUCCGGGCCCCUGCGGGAGAGGGGAAAGGCCACCCCCACCCCCACCUCGCAGUUCGUCUUCAGCUUCCCGGUGUCUGUGGGUGUGCACUCGGCCCCCAGUAGCCUGCCGUACUUGCACAGCCCCAUCACCACGUCCCCCAGCUGUUAGGGCUGGUCUCUGAACACCAAGUCCAGGGUCGGCCCCCAGCCAGGGAUGUGCAAGCCACAUGCGAGCAGCAAGUAGGGACUGACCAGUGGGGGUGGCGGGGGCAAGUGACCACGCUCUGCCCCAUCCAUUUCUCCUUGGCUAACCACAGGGCCAGCUAGAAUGGCAAUAACGACUUCGAUUACACCUUAAAAGCAAACAAACAAAAACACUCCAACCUAGAGCAAUAACGGCUGCGGCCAGGGAAGACUGGUUUAUGUGUCGGUUUUACUUUGCAGGUAGAAAUUUACCUCAUUUUUUUUUUUUUAAAGUGGUAAGGCUUGAAGUUAUGAAACCCACAGAUCCUGGCAAAUGUGCUCAACCAGUUUUAUUAUGUGGAGAGGGAAAGUUUGCUGGGAAGUGCCUGGCUGUGCGCUUGUUCUUCUAUUGUAUUUACAGGAAUUUUGUUCUAGAUAUGUCUAGGCCACAGUAUUCACUUCUAAUUAGUCGCCAACUGAAUAAUUAUGCCUAAUGAAUAUUUGAGAACUUCAGGAUGUAUGAGCAGGAGCCUGGUGACAUGGAUUUGGAAUGUAUUUCUGUUGAAGUCACACAGUAGAGUACAGGAACACGCAGGUGUGCUAGCAACGAGGAAGUGAGUGGUUGUCUGGGCUUUUGCCAGUCAGCAUUGUCACCAUCUUGCAUUGUUGCCGCCUAGAAGCUGGCUGGGCAAUGUUCGGAAAAAGUCUGUGGUUGGUUUCUUUUACAGCUGGUUCCUGAACACAGUGACCCAGCCAUGCAAGCUUUUCUCCAGUAACCCAUUUGGUGGUGGCUAGAGCGUUUUCUUCCAGCUUGCCUAGGAUUUGGAUAUGGUCUGUGAUUAAUGCCAUUUUUAAGAGGUGCUCCUGGAAAACUGGGUGCAAUUCAAAUUUUCCUUCAGUGAAUCACUUGGCAAAGCCCGCAUCAAAGCCAGCUCGCUAAAGAUGAACGAAAAGUGAAUUAUUUUGUAAGUUGAAGUGUACUAAUCUCUCUCUCUCUCUUUGUGUGUGUGUGAUAAAUUGGGGUUGUCAGUUUUAGGAAUUUACUUGAAGUAUACCAAGAAAUUCUUGUUAUCAACUUCCUGUUUGACAGUGAAUACUUUUAAAGGCCCUCUAUUGAAUAAAAAGAUGAGUAUCUGCCAUGACUUGGGCUCCUUCAAGUAUGGAAAGGGGCAAGAACACCGGUGGGGUGGGGGCUGUCUCUUGUGCAGUGCAUCCUGACUGACUUGAUCAUUUGGGGUUCCGACUGGGCUAAAGCCAUUUGUAAGGAGCCUUUCCAAGCAUAGGAAUACGUGUUUUCUGUGAUGAAGGCUUCUGUGGGAAACAGUAUUGUGAAGUGCUGGAAUAGAAGUCACUGCAGACUUGUCAGGAAUGAAAGCAUGUCCCCCUCCCACCCCCCCUUGAGAGUCUAGAUCACACAUAAAUAACUUCAAGCCUCAAUGUCAUAACCAUGGUAGAAUGCUCUUUCCUUAUCCAACAUCCCAGAUAGCCCAGGUUCAUUACAUUUCCUUCCGUGAACUGUGAACCUGUGUUGGCAUGGCUUGUAUUGGUGGCCUGUGUCAAACUCUGCCUUUGGGUGAAUCCAGAAUCCUCACUAAGGAGAUGCCCUGCUUCCCUGACUCUGCUGCUUGGCUGAAGGCAUGAAGCGGCUGAGCUCCCGGAUAGUGGACCCUAGUUGGAUGGUCCUACGUUUUCCCCUGCUUCCUGGAAGCUGCUUCAUGUUUGCUGAAGACUUAGAUUAGGAGUUUUGUAGCUAGACGACAAGUCCUGGGUUCCAAGAAUGUAAGGGCUUCUGGAGGGCAGAUAAAUAGUCUUUAGACGACGUUUGCUUUUUAUGAGUGUGUUUGCCAAACGUGUCCUAGUUCCCAGACUGGAUCCCAACCACAUGGGCAGUAGGAGCUCCAGAUGUCUGUCCCCUGCUUCCUAAUUCAAGCCUUCUAUGACAAUGUCAAGGGGCUAUUUAUAAAGUCAUUUUCUUUGUACUUGAUAACAGCAUGAGACCCAAAACUCUUAGAAAAAAAAUAGGACAUUGGUUUGAUUGAAAAAAAAAAAGAGGGGGGAACCUUAAAAAACAGUUAUUCUCUCCCCAGAAGCCUCUUUGAUGGCUUGGAAUAACUCUAAUGAAGAUCCUGUCCCAGGGUCAAUUCUAAAUGGUUAGUUUCAAAAGACAGCAUCCUGUCUAUGAACUGAGUGCUACUGUUGGGACAUUUUUGGAUUGCAGAAGCCGUUGACUGUUUGUCAGAGAAUGAGGAACACUGCCAAUUCUCCCCAGGAAUCUUGUCUCAUCGAUGCAUGGGUGUUGCGGGGGGGAGGGGGGAGUCUGAAGGUUGAAGCACAGGUGAGCAGGUGGCAGCAGCUGCCAGCUUCAUUCUCCCCUGCUGCCCGUACUUGGCUUUCAGUGAGGUUGGGGAAGCCAUGAGAAGUGAUUUAGAGCUCUUGGGAAGGUGGCAAGAGGGAGGGAAGACUGGGGGUUGGUUAAUUCCAAGGGAAGGGACUGGGCUGUGGACAUGAAUUUGUGGGAAUGAUAACAAUAGUUGAUAUUGGUUGUCCAUCACAGUCACCUGGGCAACUUUUAAAAUGCUCACAUCCACAUGAUCCUUGACCAAAUAAAGCAGGACUCAUGUGGGUGGGAUCCAGACACCAAUAUGUUAUAGUGUAUCUAGGUGCUUUUGGUGUGCAACCAGGAUUUGGGGAUGCCAUUGCUUCUGGAUGGUGAGAUAAAUUCCCAUGGAGGUGAAGCAGGAGCUACGGCAGGGUUUUGUUUCCCUGGGCCCGUGUGGUCCCAUUAGCAACAGCUGGCUGAGGGAUGAGGUGGUUUCUUUGGGGGAGCCCCUGCGUGGGACCUGAUCUGUGGAUCAUUGUGAGUGGGCUCAGUUAGUGUCUGGGUGUUGAUGUAUUUCCUUAAGCUUUGUCUCCAUCAAGAAAGAUGGAGAAAGUCUGUCUGUUUUGAAUCCCUCCUUCCAUUGCGCCUGCCCUUCUUAGAGCUCAUGAAUCAUCCAAGAGACUUCAGAAAGAUAACAAUGCAAUACUUGUACCUGUGUAAAUAGCCCCAUCUUUCUGAGUGGUGUCAUUUCUACAUUUGGUAUGCCUGUCUUUCUGUAGGAUGUACAUAGUUUAGGGGAUUUUUGUUUUUUAGAAGUCAAACAUGUCUGUUUUUAUUUAUUGCUUGAAAAAGAUCAUUUGAAGAAAAAAUAAAUACAUUUUCAACCGUU